GGCGCGCAAGCGCUGGAAACCGGACGCAGAGUUUUGUUUAUAUGGCGUGAGGGGAUUUUAUUGUUGCCGGUGAAGUUCGUAGAAUUGUUUACGCUGUAGCUGCUUCCCCCAAAGGAGACGCGCAGGUGAGUCUGCAGCCAUGCCGACCGUGGUCAUGAUGGACGUCUCACUGUCCAUGACCCGGCCAGUGGUGGUCGAAAGCAGUGAGGAAUUUCAGAGGAAGAACCUGGCGAUCCACGGGCUGACCAUGCUCUUCGAACACAUGGCCACCAACUAUCGUUUGGAGUUCACUGCACUGUUGGCGUUCUCAUCUCUUUGGGAGCUUAUGGUGCCUUUCACCAGGGACUACAACACCCUGCAGGAGGCCCUGAACAAUUUGGAGGAUUAUGAUAAGACGUGUUUAGAAGCGGCCCUGCAAGGUGUCAGCAACGUUGUGCAGCAGGAGUGGGGCAGCGGUUGUCCCUGCCAGGUGGUGCUGGUCACCGAUGGCUCACUCGGGAUCGGACGUGGCUCUCUCCGCCACUCUCUGCAGACCAUCAAGCAGCGUGGGGAGGAUAAAAAGUUCCCUCUACCUUUCCUCUUCCCGUCAAAGCUGUACGUCAUGUGCAUCGCCAGUGCAGAGGAGCUGCAGUAUGGUGACGCUUUGGAAAACCUGGAGCAGUUGCUUAACUUGAACGGAGGAGAAGGUCAGAUCUUCACCAUGGAGGGGCCGCUGUGCUUGAAGAACGUGCAGUCCAUGUUUGGGAAACUGAUCGACCAGGCGUACUCGCCAUUCCACGCUGUGCUGCGCUGCGGGAACCUGUCAUCAGAUGUGCAGGUGUUCCCUCGGCCCGAGCCGAUCCAGUUGGACGAGGAAGUGGACCCCACACCCAGGACCAUUCUUACUGAACUGGAGAUUGUUGGCUUCAUCGAAAUUGGUGACAUUUCUAGUCCGCCGGUCUUAUCGAGGCACUUGGUUCUACCCAUCGCUGUGAACAAAGACGUAGACGAACUGGGAACAGGGGCCCCUGACGAGAUGGAGGAGGACAGCUCCAGCACUCAGAUGGCAGGAAAGAGCCCCAACUUCUGCGUUUUGCUGCAUGGGAGCCUGAAGGUGGAGGGCAUGGUGGCACUCGUACAGCUCGGCCCUGACUGGUUUGGGAUAUUAUACUCUCAGGCUGAUAGCAAGAAGAAAUCCAACCUGAUGAUGUCGCUUCUUGAGCCUGGCUCAGAGCCCCUUCCCUGGCUAGGAAAGAUCUCCCAACUGGGCCCUACAUCAGAUGCCGCUGAGAAUCCUUAUGGUGAAGAUGACAGCAAAAGCCCUUUCCCACUACAGCCCAAGAACAAGCGCAGUUAUGCUCAGAAUGUCACUGUGUGGAUUAAGCCCAGCGGUUUGCAGACUGACGUCCAGAAGAUCCUGCGGAAUGCCAGGAAGCUACCAGAAAAGACGCAGACCUUUUACAAGGAGCUGAACCGGCUGCGGAAGGCGGCCCUCGCCUUCGGGUUCUGGGAGCUGCUGAAGGGGGUGGCGGACCUGCUGGAGAGGGAGUGCACGCUGUUGCCGGACACGGCCCACCCCGACGCCGCCUUCCAGCUGUCGCAUGCCGCACAGCAGCUGAAACUCGCCAGCACAGGGGACUCCCAGUACGCAGCAUUCCAGCAUAACAUCACACCUAUGCUCACAGACUUCUCAGGAGGGGCCGGUGACCGCGACCGCCUGUGAGGGGGAAUGGGGCUCUGUCAUACUCCACAUGAGCGAGAUGCUGCAGAGAGCAGGACCAUGGGCAAUACCAUUCACCGCAGUCCCUGAGCCACGCUCCACCCCUGAAUGACUGGCUGAAUGGAAUCACCGUCAGGGCCUGAUGCUUUUUUUUAAACCGUUUUGUUCUGGUUUAAAAAGGAAAAAAUCUGCCGUUUAGUGGAGGGUUGAGCCUAUGACUGGGCAGCAGAUCUUGCCGGCCAGUCCCUGCCAUUCGCCGUCAUUCCAGCUUAAACACAAGGCAACAUUUCCUGCAUUUUUGUUCCGUUUUAAAUUGAAACCUGUCUAAAUUAUAGAAAUGAGUCAAAUUAAACAUCUGAAAAAAAAUCA